AUGGUGCGCCAAACACCAGCUCGCUCCGUAAGGAGCCGGGCGACUACCGCUGCUCAACUUAAACGCCAGAGACAGACAGAUGACCAUGCUCCAGAUGUCUAUCAAGAACUGUUGGAGGAGGCUGAGGCCAGAGAUCCCGAGCAAUUUGCCUCAGACAGGCCAAUCAAGAGGCGCAAGGCCGGAGACAUGAAAGCCAUCCCGGUGGGAUUAGGGGCCUCGGAACAAAGACAUCAGGGCACAGAAGCAAACGAACAUAGCACCCAACCAGUACAAACGGUUUACGAUUCAUCGACAUCAGAAGAAUCAGAUGUUGACUGGGAAGAUGUUGAAUUACAGCAACAAUCACAGUCUUUGUUGAAUAGAAAUUUCGCGUCUCAAGUCGGCGACGAGGUGCUCCAGAUCACACUAGAGCAAGAACCCGAGAAGCAUAAGAAAUCAAUUCAAAGAAGGAAGCCCUUAACUGGAGCCGAGAGAAAAGUCAGAUUGGAUGUGCAUAAAUGUCAUAUUCUUUGUCUCCUUGGUCACGUUCAGUUGCGCAACAUGUGGUGCAAUGACGAGAAAUUACAGGAGUUCUUAAAGAGGACGUUGCCUAGAAAAGUAGUCGCUCUUCUGCAUCCAGAUGACAAUAAACCAAAUUAUAACAGAUCCACCACGUUUAUGGACGGUCUCAACCAGGCUGGAGAUGCCUUCACACGCAGAUUUCGGGUUACUAAACCAGGGAUGAAACGGGCUCACUGGGCGGAGGAUGAGUCGCAAUUGAAGCAGAAAUUGGAGUCAAUCGUGUCGAAUGCUGAAGUCUUUUUAUCCAAAGAGGAUUUCCGAACCCAAGCAAUGACAAUGGAAGGUUCCCGGGAUUUUGGGGCUCAGCUAUUCUGUGCCCUGUUACGGUCUGUAGCCGUAGAGGCGAGACUUGUUUGUUCAUUGCAACCGUUGCCAUUUUCUGGCACCGUGAAAGACAUGGCGCCCUCUAAACCGAAGCAUGAAUAUAUUGUGAUAUCCUCAGAUGAUCCUGGAUCCUCAACAGACGAACGCAGUAAGAGCGAAAAAUCACCCACAGCUUCAAAGCCUCGACGGAUUGGACAGCCUAAGUUUACCCCAUCGCGUCCUCCUCAACCAAAAUUCUAUUCAGGUCCGAUUCCAACAUCGCGAGAAUCUCCAUUUCCGGUAUUUUGGGUGGAAGCUUUUAACGCAGCUGCACAGAAAUGGGUCCCAAUUGACCCGGUCGUAACAAAAUCCCUUGCAAAACCUUCGAAAUUUGAACCGCCUGCGAGCGAUUCGUUAAACUUGAUGAAUUACGUGGUUGGUUUCGAGGAUGACGCCUCUGCAAGAGACAUUACUCGUCGUUAUGUAAAAGCAUUUAAUGCAAAGACGCGGAAACUUCGCGUGGAGACCACACGGAAUGGCGAGAAGUGGUGGGAUACGGCGCUACAAGCCUACGAGAAACCUUUCUUCGAAGAUCGGGAUGAGGCAGAGAUUAGUGAACUAACAUCCAAAUCAGCAGCUGAGCCCAUGCCGCGCAAUAUCCAGGACUUCAAGGACCAUCCCGUAUAUGCGCUUGAGCGGCAUGUCCGUCGCAAUGAAGUGAUCCAUCCAAAACGAAUAAUCGGACACGUGGGGUUGGGAAAAAGCACAUCCCGAAGUGAGAUAUCAGAACCCGUUUAUCGUCGAUCUGACCUGCAUAUUGUACGAAGCUCUGAUAAAUGGUAUCGCCUUGGGCGUGAUGUCAGAGUUGGCGAGCAGCCUCUGAAGCGUGUUGCUGCAAGUCGAAAUAAGAGCGGGGGCUUUAGUGAUGACGAAGAUGAAAACGAGCCCCAAGAAACCGCACUAUACGCCGAGUUCCAGACAGAAAUCUACAUCCCGCCACCAGUGGUCCAAGGAAGAAUUCCGAAGAACGCGUAUGGAAACCUCGAUGUCUAUGUGCCUAGCAUGGUUCCGCCUGGUGGAGUUCAUAUCAGGCGGCCGGAGGCAGUUCGAGCUGCUCGAAUCCUUGGCAUUGACUAUGCCGACGCAGUCACUGGAUUUGACUUUAGAGGCCGCCGUGGCACGGCUGUACUCGGGGGAAUUGUUGUUGCCGUCGAGUACCAAGAGGCGCUUGAGGAAGUUUUGAGAGGUCUCGAAGAUGAGAGGCGGCAUGCUGCACUAGAGGCAAGAACUGCGGAGGCUCUGCGGUUCUGGAGGCUCUUUUUGAUGAAGCUUAGGAUUGCAGAACGAGUCAAGGAGUAUGCUAGCGAUGAUGAAGAACAAAAGCUCGAAGAUACCGAGAGCGAAAUGGACGUUACAGAUACUGGUGGUGGUUUCUUCCCUGAAGCAGACCAAGCAGCCAAUAGCCCACCUCUGAUAGACCUGGGAAAAGGCAAAAUGGUACAUGAUCAACAUUCUCCCGAAGACUACGCGAAAGGAGAAAUGGACUCGUCAUUGGAAGAGGAUUAUACUGCUGGAGGGGGAUUUCUGCCCGAUGAUCAUGAUCCAGCUUCUGACCUGAGGGAACCCACAAAGCCUGCGCCUUUGGCCAUAGACCGGACCUCAAUUCCCGAGAGUAUUGCCAGGAACAAAGCAUCGAAAAUGCCUCGCUACUCGCUGGUGGUUGUCCCAAAUCACAGCUUAAAUCCGACAUCCGUACCCCAAGUCCUCCCAGGGUCAUCUGACAAAGCUCCUAUCACAGUCGAUUCGUCCACAAAUGGUGACUCUAAAUCCGCAAGUGUGGUUACUAUCUCCCGGCCACCAUCACCAGUACCCAAUUAUGAAUCUGAUAGCGAGAUUGAGAAGGGAUCUUUGCUUUCUGAGGACCCUGAAGAUGAGGAUGCAAUUCCUGAAUGGCUGAUGUCUGAUGAGGGCUAG